AUGAAGAUAUCGGAGCUGAUAUCAGUUUCUAUCGUUAUCAUGGCUGCUAUAACCAUCGUCUUCAUUGGUACCACGAAACUAACUGCAUACCAAGGAAACGAUUUGAAUCUUGACAAUAUUAUCGAUGAAGUUGCUAUACAUAUGACGAAUUCACUUUUUCAAGCGCAAAAUGAUGUGAAUCUGGUGAAAGAAAUAAUGCAAGAGAUCACGAACUAUACGAAGUUUCUUAUUGAAGCACAUCCAAGCACGACAAACACUUCCAGCAACUAUUAUUCUUCAUUCUACCUUUCUUUAGCAAUUUUAACUACAACAGCAACAAAAUUGCAUUUUGAUGAAUGUGAAGAAGAUACACCUGAUAUCAGUGAUGAAUACCUUUAUUAUCACCUUAAAAGAAAACGACUAAAGAAAUAUGGUACUGAUGAUAAUAUAAUUUUUGGUGGAAAUAAAUUGGAAAUAUUUAGUGAAUUUUCACGAACCGUGAUUACUCCUAUUCAACCGGCAUCUGCAACUUUUCUCGUAUUCCUUCUUUAUCAUUUGUUUAGCUCGAUUCUAUUAGUUGAAAUACUACAGAAGGAGAAACUUAUAUCAUUUAUUUUUUCAAAUUUCUAUCUUAUCACAACUACAAUGGCACCUGAAUGGAUAUAUCUGAAUUUCAUAAGUUUGUGGCAAUCAAUUGCAUUGUCAUUGAAUAUAUUCAUUGGAUGCUUUAUAACAACAGUGACUUAUUCAACUUUUGGCAUCGCAUUCUUUGAAUACCUUGGCAAUUUUACCAGUACUUCUCAACAAAAGCAUCUGGAGAAAGAAAAUUACAGCAGAAUUUGGCAGAACAAUGAGACCAAGUAA